GCGAUUCAUUCAAAAGGCGCGCAGGCAGCGCGGCCGGCCGGGCGCUCGCCGAGCCGAGCCGAGCCGAGCCGGGCCGUGUCGCUGAGGUGGACGCGGCGCCCAGCGGGAGCUGCCGGCCAGGCCGGUGAUCCCUCCCAGGCCUGAUGAUGAAGCUGAGCCAGCCGUGCCCGCCCGUGUCCUGCCUCCUCGUGCUGCUGCUCUGGCCCCUGGCCCCUCUGACAGCAACGACGGCCUGGCUGUGUCCGCCUGGGGAAGAGCCUAACCCUGACCCAGGUGAGGACUCGUUAUGUAGGUCCUGCCCCCCAGGCACCUUCUCAGCCUCCUGGGGUUCCCACCCGUGCCAGCCCCAUGAUCGCUGCAGCCUUCGAAGGAGGCUGGAGGCCCAGGCCGGCACCGCGACUCAGGAUGCCCUGUGUGGAAGCUGCCAGCCUGGGUGGUUUGGGCCUCUGGGGUCCCCCAGGGUUCCCUGUCAGCCAUGUUCCUGGGCACCUCCGAGUGCUCAGGGUUGUGAUGAGUGGGGGCGACGGGCCCGGCGUGGCGUGGAGGUGGCAGCAGGGUCCGGCAGCGGUGGCGAGGCCCGGCCGCCGGGGAACAGCACGCGGGCGGGUGGUCCCGAGGACUCGGCCGCCCAGUACGCGGUGAUUGCCAUCGUGCCCGUCUUCUGCCUCAUGGGGCUGCUGGGCAUCCUGGUGUGCAACCUGCUCAAGCGGAAGGGCUACCACUGCACGGCCCACAAGGAGGUCGGGCCCGGCCCCGGAGGCGGCACUGGGAUCAACCCUGCCUAUCAGAACGAGGAAGCCAAUGAGGACACGAUUGGGGUCCUGGUACGCUUGAUCACCGAGAAGAAAGAGAACGCGGCGGCCCUGGAGGAGCUGCUGAAAGAAUACCACAGCAAACAGCUGGUGCAGACAAGCCACAUGCCCGUGCCCAGGCUGCCGCCAGCCUCGCCCGGCGCGCCGCACAGCUGCCCGCAUCGCCACCACCUGCACACGGUGCAGGGCCUCGCGUCGCUCUCCGGCCCCUGCUGUUCCCGCUGCAGCCAGAAGAAGUGGCCGGAGGUGCUGCUGUCUCCCGAGGCUGCAGCCGCUACCACCCCUGCUCCCAGCCUCCUGCCCAACCCGGCCAGAGCUCCCAAGGCCGGGGCCAAGGCGGGACGCCAGGGCGAGAUCACCAUCUUGUCGGUGGGCAGGUUCCGUGUGGCGCGGAUUCCUGAGCAGCGGGCCAGUUCAGUAAUAUCUGAGGUGACGACCAUCACAGAAGCUGGGCCUUCAGGGGGCGACCUCCCCGACUCCCCACAACCUGGCCUCUUUCCUGAGCAGCGGGCCUUGCUGGGAUGUGGCGGGAGUCACACGACGUGGUUGAAGGCCCCACUGGAGAACAAGGCCGGGGAGAACCGCUAUGUGGUCCGGCUGAGUGAGAGCAACCUGGUCAUCUGAGGGUUGUGUGGUCCGAGCCACCUGGCCCGGCCCUGGGAGGUUCCGAAGGCUUCUUCCCUCACGAGGCCAAGCUGCUGCUGGACUCGAGGACCGAGAUGGAGGGGCCCAGCGGACACGACAGCCGAGGCCGUGGACUGGAGGUGGGACUGUUCGCCCGGCGCGGAGGUGGGCAGCCCGAGGGCGCCACAGCGAGUGCAGGAGCAGAUCAAGAAAGAGCCCCGCCCUGUCCCUGCCACCCCAGACCCUCCCCUGCAGGAUACCCCAGCCCUGUGCCUGCCCCGGCCAUGUUCUAGAGCCCAUCGGCUCAUCUUGUCCCCCCGGGUCUGGGCUUGGCGGAGGCGUGGCACCUGUACCUGGUGUCUAGCCUGCACCAGGGGACCAGCCAGCCUGCUUGUCUGGGGCCGGGAGCAGCUGUGCCUCCCCCUCCUCUUCUGGUGGGGCCUGCAAAGGGAAUGGCAGCAAAGAGCCUGGAGCCGGCACCCCUGGAUUCGAACCCAGCACGUUCUCGGCCUUCAUUGGCUUCCAGCCUUUCUGACUGAGAUGGAGAGAGAGCAGCAGCUCACGCGUGGGUCCUCUCCAGUGCCCCGUAGGUUCCGGGCCGGGUCCUGCCAGGGAGAGCUCGACUCUGCCCCGCCCCCCCUUCCUAGCUUUAUCUGGCCCAUUCUGUGCGCUUCCAGGGCCCCCGUGGGGCUGUCCACCGUGGCUCUGCCUGCAGAGGGGGCUGCAAUGCAUGUGCCUGCCCCUCCCUGCUGUUUUUAACGGAACUGAAAGCCCCAGCAGGGCUGUGGUGCAGAGGCCCAGCCAGUCCUGCCCCUCUCCCGGUCUCCGGAGCUGUGGGGACGAAGUGCUGGCGGGAACCGAGUGCUCCCGGCCUCAGUGGUUUGCGCCGGUCCCCAGCCCGGGCGGCCCGUGUCUCCUCUCCGGCUUAGCACCUGGUUAUUUAUGUGGACCGCGCAGGCGCGGGCCCACCGCCCACCCCAUUUAUCUUAUUUAUUAAAAGCCGCUGCCACCCCGCUCCCCGCAUCUCCAUCCCGUCCACGUGUUAAGUAAUAAAAGGUGGAAAUGGUGUCA